AUGGAUUCCAUGGAUGACAACUUGACUUAUCCUGACUACAAUCUUAUACUGCCUGACAUUGUUGACAAUUUGGUGCCUACAAUUCAGCCAAUCCAGAUUGCAGCUCUGGUCUUCUACGGCCUUGUGGUUCUGUUGGGUGUCCCUGGAAAUGCCCUGGUGGUGUGGGUGACUGGGUUUUGCAUGCCCAGGUCUGUCACCUCUAUCUGGUUCCUCAACCUUGCCUUGGCUGAUCUUCUGUGCUGCCUGUCUCUCCCUCUGCUCAUGGUCCCUCUGGCCCAUGAUGACCACUGGCACUUUGGCACACUGGCCUGCACACUGGUUAAAGGUGUCUUUUACCUGGUGAUGUAUUGCAGCAUCUUGCAGCUGGUUUUGAUCAGUCUGGAUCGCUGGAUGCUGGUCAGCAGACCUGUGUGGUGCCAGAACAACAGGCGACCUAAACUGGCUGGCUACCUGUGUGCUGCUGUCUGGUGCCUGGCCCUGAUAGGCAGCAUCCCCCAGUUUGUCUACACUAAGGAGAUCACAGCAGGUGAGCACAAGCGAGAGUGCGUGACGGUAUACACCACAGUCAGUGCCUGGCUCGUCACGUCCUUCCGCUUCCUGAUGGGAUUCUUCCUCCCUUUCCUGGUGAUUGUGGUCUCUCACUGUGUGGUGUACAGAAGAGCAGAGAGUGGACUGUCACGUGGUCGAACCCGUUCCAAGCGCACACUGAGGGUCAUCAUCGCUGUGGUACUGAGUUUCUUCUUGUGCUGGCUCCCACUGCACAUUGUGGACUUCCUCUUAUUGGUUACCCCUCGAAGUUCCAUUCACAGCCCAAAUCUGUACCUGACACAAGUGCUAGCGCUCUGCCUGGCAUAUUUCAACAGCUGCAUCAACCCAUUCCUCUAUGUGUGUCUUGGCCAAAGCUUCAAGGACAGCAUGACACGCUCCCUGCGCAACAUGCUCAACUUCAUCAGCGAGGAUCCUACAAACAAGAUGAGCGUCGUCACUGCUGACACCAGGAGCACGAGCAAUGGAAAGGAGAUGACUCAAAUCUGAGGGUGUACUGACUGAUUUAUUGCAAAUUGGGACUGAUCUCUAUCUCUAUUCUAUGUUUAUAGAUAGCUUACUGUUUUGGGCUGAAUAUUUGCAGUGGCAGUUUACAUGAAGUGUUCAGAUGUAAUCUUGACUGAAGAUUACUGUUCAAGAACUAUUGGCCAACUUCCUGUGUACAUUCAUUCCUGUGUUAUGCAACACAACUCUUAAGACUUCUGUUUUUUGACUACGCAGGGAUGAUCUCAGACCUGACUAAGUAUUUGUGGUAUUAGUGGUUUUAUUUGAUGUAUUACUUUAUAUGUUUGUUGUAAUG